UUCAGACCGGAAAUCCACAGAAAGGGGAACCCUUUUUCGAGGGAGGACUCAUCUCAACGUAACAGCUUGGUCUGAAUGUUUUAAUCGUUUCACUUUUUUACUCUUUUUGGGGGUUAUCUCUGAGUUUUUAUCAUUGAUAACUAUGAUGCCACCGGAAGUCAUGUGGUUAUUGUUUUUUUGUUUUAUUACAUUUUCGCUGCUGCGGUGUUAAAAGGUCACGCAACUCCUGAGCAACAUUUAUCAUUAUAUUUUGUUGGUUUGCGUCUCGUUUAUAGUUUAUUGACAUAAGAGGUAGUUCAAAGCCGAGUCGGGAAACGUUUCAACACAGUAUCCAGAUGCCGUAGAAACCAGAGGAGUUACUGUGGAGAACAUUCUGGUCCAGGUGGCAGAAGAUCUACGUGAGGAGCUGCUCUCUGACCAGAUUCUUCCCUGUUCAGGGAGGCACUUUGUGAUGUUGCGACACAGCAAGCUGCAGAAACAGAUCCUGGUUCUGUAUCGGCAAUUCCUGCGAGCUGGCAAGGAAAAACCAGGCUUCAUUCCCCGAAUCCGUGAUGAGUUCAGGGAGAACGCUCGCAUCAAGAAGACGGAUGUGAUGCACAUUGAGUAUUUGUACAGACGAGGCCAGAGGCAGCUGGAGCAGCUGAGGGACGUCAACACCAAGCAGCUGGGCUCCUUCUCUAAACCCAAAGAUGCCAGCUGAAACUUGGAGACCUCCAGUCGCUUCAGAGACGGAAAUAAAUGACGUCAUUAAGCUGCUGCUCUGUUUACGGAGAGAGCAAGUAGUUUGUGGAAAUUCUAACAGUAAAAUGAGUUGCAUGAAGUAAUGAAUAAAAACAUUAAGAAAAAUGUC